CCGCUCGCGAGCAGUGAUAUAACCAGGAUGUGCUAGUCGAGAUGUACCGUUCUCCCCAUUCGUGCCCGACGUCUAUUUGCAUUCGUCUUCCUCGGCCACGGCCAGCCUUCUUUUCGUUCGCAAGGUCACAAUGCCUGGUUUUCAUUCCUUCAACGACUUUAGAUGCCCAGCGGGUACGGAAAGCUUACUUGACCAACCGACUGGGUCACAUCGCGUCAAAUAUCGCGGCGCAGGGGAGCACUCGAAGUGGGACUUCGCACUAGAAACAGACCGCCGCCCAAUCGACCUCUCGCUUGUCCUUCCACACUAUCGUGCCCAUAGUCAGCCGCUGGACCAUCGGCUCGCUAUGUAUGUUGGAAGCGAGUCCAGCGAAUCGGUAAAGAUCAAAGUCUGCCGAAAUUUUCCCCCCACACGAACAACCAAAUUCCAGCUCGAGGUCAACGUCUCGUCCGACGCAGACGUCACCAUCUGGCUUCCAUCGGACUUCAGGGGUCACAUUCAUCGCUCUGCGAGCUGCAAGAAGACCACCUUCUCCGCAGGCUUCACCAACCGCAUCCUGCAGAACGCGUGUAUCACGCAGUCCCGUCGUCCAUCCGUCAUCUCCAUGUGCGACCAGGAUCCGCAACAGUACUCUGACCUAUACAUCUCCGACAAGGACCACUCGAGUGCGUAUUCGGACAAGGAUAUCUGGCCUGGCAAAUUGAGCGGCGGCGCGGACGAAGACGAAGUCGUGGUGCACACCUACGGUCACGUCACAUUCAGGAUGUGGGACGUACACCGCGGGGAGCCAGAGGCACGUUGUCGCGAGGCAUGCAAGCGCAUGUUCGGGAUGGGUUGGUGCACAAAGCGAUCACCGGAGGUCGUGAUCGACUGGGAUUUCCUCCUCGAAGACUGAUGGGAAAUGGGAGACCACUCUUUCAUAUGGCUUCUCUCGAGUCCAUCGGCCCCCGGGUCUUGCCUUCGUAUUACUACUGGUACAUGCUACUAUUCCUCGUCGUUUUGCAUUCGCGAACGUACUGUAUCGCAUACAAGUUAUACCUUCAUCUUUAGAUCUUGUAGCUCGUGGAUAAUGACGCCUGCACAACUGUAGCAUUAGUCGCAUAUGGCUUCCAUGUACGCUGUUGAUUUAAUCUUACCCUGCAGAAUAUGAUUAUGCCGUACUAUGCAACA